CCUACCAUAUUGUGAGCUCCUAAUAAGCAGGGGCCAUAUUUUAUUCAUCUUUGUAUAUAGUUGUAUAUUCAUGUUUUGUACGUAGUUGGAGGUCUCUAUAUGCAAAAUAAUAAGGAUAUUUUUAUCUUGAAAAUAAAUUAUUUGUGGAAAUGACUCUAACUCCAUUUUAUGAGGAAGAUGAGGCCCAACAUAGUCAACUUAUCCAAGAUCAAGAGGAAUAGGACCAGUGUUCUUUCUGACAUUCAGCCCUAUAGCUAUUCAGUUAUAAGAUUAGGAACUGGGAUAGAAACAGAGCUUUCUUAUUUUCUAGAACUGAAUUCAGUGUCUGACACCGAGUCCCCAGCUUGCUUCCUUGCAGACAACUUAAUUUAGAUGUCUUCAGGUAAAUUGAGAUCCAGUCUAGUGAUUUUGAGGGGAUGUAAUUUCAGGCUUAUUGACCCAUCUUCAGAGCUCUCCAAACUUCCUGCCUCUUCCUUACUGCACUGAUCCAAUUUCCAGGGGAAAUUAUACAACCACAACUGGCAAGAGGUGAGGUUGGGAGUGUCUCCUUUUGAGGUUUCAUCAGAUUCUUGGUUUUACUUACUGGCAUCCUCUGAUGACCCCCUUAACCUGGAUCCUCUCCAUGUCACCUGGAUCCUGAGACAACUCAGAGGACUGAUGGGACACCCCCUGUCCAUAGCCACCUCCAACCAUCUCUCUUGCUUUCCCCAUGUCUAAUAGUUUCUCUCAGAAAUCCUCUAAACUCUUCUAGGGGAUCUUCUUAUAUUUCCUUCCUCAAGCCUAGGUUUGUGAUGGGGGUAGGGAGACACAACACUGCUUUUCUCUUUUUCUGAAACUUCCUCUUCCUCUGUCUUUCUCGGAGUUUUUUACAUCUUUUCUUCAGAUAAGGGGAAAAAAAUAGUUCUACCUUUUCUCACCUCUGUAAGUGAUUAAUGUUUCACCAGAGUGGUGGCCUUUGAAUUUAGUCAUUUAGAGCCUCAGUCUGUCUUUUCAGCUGUCCAGCUGUCCUCACUGAAUUCAGUACCCAUCCAGUUGGGGGCGGCUUAGCUGGAUAGGAGGGGCACAUCAGGCAAUACUUGAAGUCAUAGUUUUUCACUAAAGAUUCUUGUACAAAAGCAGGUUGGGAUUAUCAACUGCUGUCUUUGAUCUAGUAGAAAAAAGUACUCUGGGACCCUUAUGCUUCCCUUUUGGAAGGACCUCAGAGUCAUUGAGUUCUCAUCACCAAAUUCUUUUUAACAUUUGGCAUCCCAUUUGGUCGAGGACUUCUGAUUUGCUCACUGUUCCUGAUUUGCUGAUUUUACAAGAUUUAUAGGAUAGUGCCACACACCUACACUCCAGGUUCUCCAGUUUCUAAGCCUCAGAGUGGUCCCCAGGCUGAGGUGUCAGAUGCCCCAUCCCCAGUCCAGAAGUCUCCUGCUUUCAAGAUGGCCUAGUGACUCCGGCGGUCAUUUAGCUACUUUGAGCCUCAGCCUCUUGGAAGGAGUGGCUGUGAAGUCCCUCACCUUGUGGUAGUUGUGAGGAUUAACUCAGAUAAUGCCUAUGAGUGCUCAAUAAGUGUUAGAUUCCCAGUUUCCAGUUAUUUCCCACUGCCCUCUCUUCCUUCUAGAAUCCUCCACUGUGACAUGAGAUUCUGAGAAUGAGAUUUGUCAGAACAGGGCUUCCAGCUGCUGUUGGUAGGAUCUGAGGAACAGAGAGGAGCUCUUACGUUGCCACUGAGGGAAGCUGUUUCUAGUAUAACAGGAUUCUUCGGGGAAGAUUUAUGGUCCUACCCUUGAAAGGCAAAGGGGCUGUUGUGCCAUUUGCCACCUCAGGAACCAUGAGGAGAUACAGUGUGCCCCAUUCCUGGCAGAUCCUGAAGAAGGAAUUGGGGCUGUACCAGCUCACUAUGGAUAUCAUUAAGAUGAUCCGAGUGUGUAAAAUGUUUCGCCAAGGCCUCAGGGGAUUUCGGGAAUAUCAGAUCAUUGAGACUGCUCACAGAAAGAACCCUGUCUUCUCUUUCUGGGAUAAGAAGCAAGGCCGAAUCACAUUUGAUACCAUGGACUUUGUAGCAGAGUCGGGUCAUUUUCCUCCAAAGGCCAUUCAGAUCACGCAGAAGAAGCCUGCUUGGAGGACAGAGCAUGAGAUCCAGGCUCUCUGCAACAUCUUGCAGGUUCUAGAUAGUUACCGGAGCUAUUCGGAGCCCCUGCAACUGCUCCUGGCCAAGGUCAUGCGCUUUGAACGGUUUGGUCGCAGGCGUGUGAUCGUCAAGAAGGGCCAGAGGGGCAGCAGCUUUUAUUUUAUCUACUUGGGCACAGUCGCAGUGACUGAGGAUGAGGAUGGCAGCAGCGCCUUCCUGGACCCCAACCCGAAGUUGCUGCAAAAGGGCAGCUAUUUUGGGGAAAUGGGCCUUCUAACUUCAGUAAGGAGGGCCACCAUGGUCUGUAUGGAAGAAACAGAGUUUUUGGUUGUUGACAGAGAAGAUUUCCUUGCUAAUAAACUGGACCAAGAAGUUAAAAAGGAUGCUCAGCAUCGGUUUGAGUUUUUUAGGAAGAUGGAUCUGUUUCACUCCUGGUCUGACGAGAAGCUCUGGAAGCUUGUCAUGCUGGGAAAGGUAGAGAAAUUCUCGUACGGGCAGGUGAUCUCAAAGGACUUUUUCGAGUCGUCCUCCAUCAUGUUUGUCUGUCAGGGCAGCUGUGAAGUCCUGCGGCUGAUAAACCUUGAGACUUCGCCUUUCUACCACAAGUGGAUCUGGCAGCACCUGCAGCUGGUGGACGACAGGCCUUCCAACACCCACCUCAAGGAUCUGUCUCCUGUGGAGAGAUUUAAGGAAUUCCAGAUCAGAUCAUACCCUGUACAGGACUUUAGUUUUCUGAAACUUCUGCAUCUCCAGAAAGCCCAGGGGCAACAGGGAUCCAGCUUCAGUAGGAAAAUUAAAACUUCAGGAAAUACUCUCCCAAAGACCUUGGGCUCAAAGAUCAAAUCCAGGUGUCCUCAUUUCAUCGACUGUUCCAUGAUCAAUACCAAGUAUGGCGAUCUCCCCAAGGAGGCUGCAGUAGGGGCCUACAUGAAGAUCCAUACUGUGGAGCAAGGAGAAAUCUUGGGCCUCCACCAGAUCCUCCUCCCAGAGACCCAACAUGACAUGCGGCCCUUGAUCCUCAUCAGCCUGGGAGCUGAGGUGAUACGGGUGAGGGAAGAGAAAUUUUGUGACCUGCUUGACAGUAAGACAAUAGAAAAGUUGUCGAAGUUCAAGAUCAAGUACCCCAGCGAUGAAGAUAUGUGCCAGAAGUUCCUCAAGGAGAACAGCUGGAAUAUCUUUCGGAAGGACCUGCUGCGGCUGCUGGUAGAACCUCGCCAGUGUCCCCAGUUCACCCCAAUCCAGCCCAAGAAGAAAGGGAUCUACAGCCCUAAGCCUGUGAUGCUGGAUUUGUAUAGCUUAGGCAAGAAGACUAAACCUCGUCAUCCUGUAUUUAUGGCACCCCAGAAAUAUCUCCCCCCAUUGAGGAUAGUCCAAACCAUUUUGGCACCCCGAUACAAAAUCCAGGAACUCCUGCCUCAGUAUAAGAAUGCUGGGGUCCUUGUUUAGAAUCAAUAAAAGGUGUUGGAUUGACCACCA